UUGGGGCAGGCUUGUGUAUUUUUUUCCCUCGGCUUGUUUUUACUCGGAGUGAGAGAUCGGAGUUGACAAAACAAAUGUGUGCACAGUGCAGCCAAGUCCAGAAUUGGUGUAUUACAGUUCAGGUGGAUCUAGAUCAUGGGCACGGAGAAGAAGAGAGUUCAAGGGAAUACAUGCGGACUCCGAGAUCAGAUUUCACCGCUGCAUUUCACGAAUCAGUGACAUCUAAACAUUUUCUCAGACUCGAAUGACAACUGCGGUCGAUCUGUGGCCGUUGAAUGUCCCGCCGCAGGACACUCAUUAAUGGUGACAAAGUUCUUGUCAUUAAAUUGACCCCUUCAAACCCCUCUAAAGCUUCUGUACGGCACUUGGACACCCUUUUCAGACAUGAAGGGACAGCGUAAACGCAUUUGACUUCGAUAUCGAAAACAAUCAACCACCAUUUAUCCGUGAAGUUGAUCUCGAAACUCUGCGGCCCAACCAUGUCAGGAUCCCCGGGCUCGAGUGCCUCCAACCCGCGGAAGUUCAGCGAGAAGAUCGCGCUUCACAACCAGAAACAGGCGGAGGAGACGCUGGCCUUCGAGCAGCUCAUGACAGACCUCACCGUCUCAAGGGUGCAGUUUCAGAAGGUCCAGCAGCUACGUCUGUCUCAGAACCGGGCCCAAUACUAUGGCGGCUCUUUGCCCAACGUCAACCAGAUAGGCAAUGCCAGCACUGAUUUCCAGGCUACAUUUCCCUCCGGAUUUGACUCGGUCAGAGGGACCAGACAUCACGGUCUGGUGGAGAGAGUCCAUCGAGACCGCAAUCGGAUCAACUCUCCGCACCGCAGACCCAUUGACAAACAUGGACGGCAGCCUGAGACUUCUCCAUAUGGAACGAUGUACCUUUCUCCUCCCCCUGACAACAACUGGAGAAGGGAGCAACCGCAGUGGACCGAAGAGAAACGACCUGGAUUUAGAUUAAUAUCACAACUUAACAGAACAAACUCUGACUCAGCUCUGCACACCAGCGCCAUGAGUCCUAACCCACAGGAUCCUUUUGGCAUGAACCAGCAGAUGGGCAGAGGGCCCCCCCAGCGGAACGCCAGCAUGAAUGAAGCAGAGGGGGAUGGUACUGGAGAUAUUUUCUCAUUUCCUUCUGCCCAUAAUGAGGAGAAUCUACUUGGUGUGAAUAAGCCACUGCCCAAACAGUUAUGGGAGGCCAAAAAGGUGCAGUCUCUGUCCUCCCGGCCAAAGUCUUGUGAAGUGCCUGGAAUUAAUAUAUUUCCCUCUCCAGAGCAGAAUAUGGGUCUGUCUCACUACCAGGGCACGUUAAACACCGGAGGUUCUCUGCCUGAUCUCAGUAACCUGCACUUCCCCUCUCCUCUACCCACUCCGCUCGAUCCAGAUGAGUCCGGAUAUCCCAACCUGAGUGGAGGCAGCAGCACAGGCAACCUUCCUGCAGCCAUGAUGCACCUUGGCAUCGGAAACUCGCAAGGGCUGUCAUCCUCUCUGAGCAAUCCUUCCAUCCAGGCGUCCCUCACCAACUCUCAACUGCACUCGUCUCUCAGCAAUCCAUCCAUCCACACGUCCUUGCGUCUCUCCUCUCUCUCCAACCCUCCUCCUACGGGCAUGGCGAGUUCCCCCAGGAGGCGGCCGGCCCCCAUCAGCCCUCUGACGCUCUCUCCGGGUGGUGAUCAGCGGCGAAGUCUUGGCAAGCAGCUCUCACCCACCAUGUCACCCUCGCUAUCUCCAAUUACACAGGGGGUUGCCUUGGACACCAGCAACUUACCAAUGGAGCCGCCCCCUCCCUAUCCCCUUUACCAGCAAUCCCAGCAAUCCAUGCAUGAAGCUCCUCAUCCCCACACAUCUAUUCAGCAGAGCUCCCAGCAUCCGGCGGUGCAGCAGCGACAGCACCAGGGUAACCAGCACCACCAACAGCACCAGCCUGUGUCCCCUCUUCAGAACGUCCAGCUUGACUUUAAUUCCAGUGCUCACAGCAGCAUGGGAGCGUUUUUCAAUGAUCCGUUUAUGGAACAACAGUUCUCUGGACGCCAAUCCAAAUGUUCAUCUUAUCUGCAGGAUCAAUAUAAUAUGUUAGAGAACGUCAUGAGUUCUGUGGCAGGUGGAUUUGACCCUUCCUCCAACAUCUACUGCUCUCAAGCUGCCCUUAUGGGCUUGGGUGGUAGCCAUGGCAACCUGCAAGACCACUUUCAGAUGAGGCCUAACAUGCUCUACUCUAACUGCGGAGGAGGGGUGCCCAACAUUAUUCUUACAGAUGACUCCAAUCCCAACUUGUCUAAGGACAUCAGCAGCGUGUUGUCUGCUGUGCCUGAGUGUUUGGACUCAGACGGGGUUUUCCCACUAGAGGAUGAACUUCGUAUCGAGCCACUCAGCCUGGAUGGACUGAGCAUGCUCAGUGACCCGGAUAUGGUCCUCCCUGACCCCUCAGUGGAGGAUAGCUUCCGCAGCGACAGACUUUAAAGAGCUACGUCCGCACAUGAACGUGAAGACUAAAAGCACACAACCUACAGCACUCAGAUGUUCUGUCUCUUCUGUCUCGUUUUCCCAAGCGCAUGUUUUAACACUACGUGUUGAUAUGAAGUGAAUCAUCAGUCUUGCAUGUGUCGCCCAGACGGUCUGUCAGUGGCCGUGUUCGUCCGGCAUGCUUCAUCUUCCUCGUGAGACGCCGUCAUUGUAUGCAUAAAACUGACAUGUGCUACGAUCUGUAAAGAUAAAGAAACAAUCAACCCACAUAUAUGAACCUGCCGUGUAUUUUUUUUUUUAUUGUGACAAUCAGGACACUGAAGCCAUACAAAUGCCAAACCGUUCGAACAGCAUCACGCCUCACGGAUGGCUGGUCCAGGCUGGUCUAACUUAAAGCCACGUUACCAAACAAAAUGAAUGUGCUUGUUUUAAAAGAUAUAUCGGCGCUUUUGGAUAUCAUCAUGGCAGCUUUUUGGCAUUUUUGACGGAAGCGAAAGGAUGGGAAGCCUCCGAGAACAGUCCUGUGUUUAGGCUGUGAAUGUGGAGACGGUGAGAAGACGACAAUUUGACGUGUUAUGGAACAGAAGGAGUCAACAGGCUGCCCAAUAGGGCGAGUUUCUCCGCUGGUGCCGCAGCCUGCAGUGCAUGUUGUUGUUUAUAGCACGUGCUAAGCUCAUUUCAUUAUAUGCCGUGUAACUGGUUUUCUGACCAGUCUGGGGUCACCUUGCUGGCCUGUCCGUGAGCUGUGAAUCGGUUCGUCCUUCAGAUGCUCAGAAUGGGGCCAGUCCCUUCAUUCAAAAUUGUCAUCUAAUCAUCAUCUAACUAAUGUGUAUAGAGCAUUAUAUUGAAAUUUCUUUCAUAUUUUUUGUAUAAAAAGAGAACUUUGCCACUUAUAUAUGCCUCACAAUUUUCUCUGACUAGAAUGUAUUUUCGAUACAGAAAAAGGGCAAACUGUUUACAUAGAUAAAGUUUGAAAACUACAACUGACAUAUGCGCUCAGGCGCUGACAUUUUUAUGAUUUUGCUUUACGUCUAAAAGAAAAACGUUUGUAUCUUGCUGAUGUUGAUCCAGUCUUUAGUAAGCAAAUAGAAGAUUUGGCUAUGCAGAACUUCAAGGGGAACUCCGGCCCAAAAUGAAAAUUCUGCCAUUAAUAACUCAGCCUCAAGUAGUUUAACAUUGGUAUUUUUCCCAAAAUCGCAAACUAGAGUAGUUUUGAAAGCUUUCAGAAUCUUUCUUAGAUUGCAACACAACCAAUCUUCAAAGCGCGUAAACACAUUGUAAAAUCGGUCUUUCAGUAUAAAUUGAUAUAAUGCGAUGAGGAUACUUUAUGUACGCAGACAAACAAAACUAUGACUAUAUUAAAAAACUUCCUGAUUUGAGGGUUAGUUUCCAGCACGUUCCCGAGAGCCACACGACAGUGCAUCCGGUGUCAGCAUCACUCGAAGCAUGUGCGUUCCGAUGUAGAGCCUUUGUGGUCAGAACGUGCUUGCGUCGGGCGAUGCUGACACCGGAUGCAACGCAUGUGUUUGUAUAGAUUGCAAUGCAAAAAAAUUGGCUGGAGUUUCCCUUUAAGCACAGGACUGCUGGAACAAUCUAGAUCAUAAAAUGGAACUAUUUUACUUGUAUAUGUACUAUAUCUUUAAGCUCAUUUGAGAUUUUAUACUUGUAAUGCAGCUUGUAAUAUGUGUAUUUGUUAUCUGUUUGUUUUUUCCGUUUGGACUUUCGUUGUGGACACCUGCUUUUGUGAAAGUUGUUGUGGUUGGUUUUAUCGGUGAUGUUCAGCAUGGGCCCACACUCUGCAGCUCUGAUCUGUUUUAGGGGUUUUAAAAAACGCAGUUCAGAAUGCUUAAUACGUGGACGUGGAACACAUGUAUCAUUGUUAUAGCUCGUGUUGAGAUUUGCACUGAACAAAAUUGAUCUUUGGUAUUAAGAAGUAAAUUCAUUUUUGUUAUUUGAAAUGAAGCCUGCAUGACAGGAGUUUGAAUUGCAGUGCAUUUUGUGAAUUUAAAUGACCAAAUAUUUUGAAAUGAAGAAAGAUGUUUAAAUAUAACUCAGGAAUAUUUUCACCAUAUCGUAACUGGUUCAAUGCUGCGUUUCCAGGGCUGAGUAUCUCCUGCCUCCUGCCUGCCAGAUCCAGACUGUGUCUGAUUCCCAUACCUGUUAUAGUGGGGAUCUGAUGAUUUUGUUAUCCGUGUUAAUAUUUGUGUAGUUUUCGAUUCCUGAUUUCCAACGUAGUUGAUAAUAGAAAGCAAUAGCAACGCUAUCUGUGCGCCAUGUCCACGUUAUUUUGUUUUCGAUUUUUACUUUUUUGUACAUUCAUCCAGGUCAUAUUUGUCAAAAGCAUCAUGAUAGGCUUGUUGAUGACUUCAUCACAAAUGAAUAGAUAAACCAAUCAUGAACGUUUAAGGGACGUUCUUUUUUAUUCUUGUGUGUGCAUGUUAUUUGAUGUGGUCUUGGGAGGCAAGAAGAUGGGACGAUUAACAGAAGCAGACACGAGGCCAGAUUUACAAAAACCUUAAUUCAAGCUUUAGUAAAUCUGGCGUACAAAAGUGUACAAAAGGUUAUUCUGCUGAAUUAUCUUUACAUACAAAGAGAUUUGGCUUUCACCCCUGUGUCUCUGGUUAUUAUGUUUUCUUUUGUAACAUUGUUCUUUUAGGUGUAUUAUGAGCAUCUAUUUUAACAAUAAUGUCAUGUUAAAGGCUGAUGCAGCUUUGGGUUGUAGAGCAUGUUUCACUGCAUCACAUGCCUUCUGAAGUGUGCAUCUCUUUAUAAAAAACAAACUGUUAUUGUCUUUUGCUCUGUCACCUACACAGUUAAGUUUGUAGUUUAUUGUCGGAAGUAACAGUGGCAGCACAUUUCCAGGGCACAAGUAAAAUGAUUUGUUUUAGGUGUUCCCAUUGAUCACUCACUUGCUCUCCUCCUCUGGAAGGUAUUCUUGUCCUCUGCCCUAUUCCUGUUAAUCUGUGACCACUAGCUCCCUCCCUCUGACUGUACUGUGAUAUUUUGGGUUUUUGUAAUUUCCCAUUUCCAGGCCAUGUGCUUUAAUGGCAAAACUUUAUUUUAAUAUAGACUUCAUAACAGAUACUAGUUCUUUUUUCUUCUGUUUAUAAUGUUUCUUUUUUAUGUUUGGCUUUUUGACAACAAAAAUGUACAGUUAUAUUAUUUAAAGAAUAUUUUCUUGUCCACUAGUGUUACUUUUUUAUUAUGUCAUGGUGAAUCCUUCUUUUUCAGAAAUUAUGAUUUUAAUACACCACAAGGCGUUUGGUUGUGAAGUAUGUUAUAGUGCUUUUCCUUUGAUUUAAUAUAAACAAAUAAAACUAUUUACUGUCUAUCAGA